ACUAAUUUUGUAGAAUAAUGAAUUUUCAAAGAACGGAGGUCCAUCCGGGACCAAUUGUUCCCGAUGUACUAGUGUUGGGACCCGGCGAACAUCGUUGUGAUAGGGUGUGGCAAGACCGUGAGUUUGGCGACGUACCGGUGAAAUGUGUGAAAUUUUUUGGUAGCUUGAGGGAAGGAUUUCGUGUUGAGCGUCAUCCACGAGUUGUGGAUAUAUUGCGUGAAUAUGGAUUUUACGGAGUUGAAAGAAUAUCUAAGUUACAAAUAGAUUGGGCUUUGAUUACCGCCUUAGUGGAGAGGUGGAGGCCGGAGACACACGCCUUUCAUCUUCCGUUUGGAGAGGUUGGGAUCACAUUAGAGGCUGUAGAGGUCCUACUUGGUCUUCCCGUAGAUGGCACCCCGGUUGCUGGUUUGCGUGGCAACACCAAAGAAUAUUGGGCCCAAUUGUGUUCAGAUAUGUUGGGGGGUUUAGGCCAUCUUUAGAGGACGUGACCAAGACACAAAUCAAAAUGAAUGCGAUCGUACUCAUUCAUAUUGGUGAUCAUAGCCCGGAGGUCAACUUUCGGCAGCAUGUUCGAGCAUUGAUGUUGAAGAUUAUGGGUGGUGCUCUGUUUGCUAGCACGACGGGUAACAAAGUGAACUUGUGCCUUUUGGAGUUGCUCGUUGGCAUGACGCAAGAAGUCCGAAGUCGCGCUAUAGGCUCCGCGGCAUUGGCUUGCCUUUACAGUAAUUUGUGUCGUGCAGCGCUAUCAGAUACGGCACAUAUCAGGGGGUCUCUCAUUCUAUUACAGAUUUGGGCGUGGGAGCGCAUCCCGAUGUGUAGACCGCAGGGCGUACAUCCACCCGAGUAUGGGAGAGAUGCACCUAAUGGGGCGAGUGUCACCGUCUCAUACCAUUCAACUGUAUAGGGACCAGUUAGACAGGCUACAAGAGAGAGAGACGACGUACGAGCGAUUAGUAAAAUUAUUUUCAGAAAGGCGUACAAACGGAUUUACAUGGCUACAAGCGGGAUUUAUGUUCCCAAAAUAUAUUUGGAACGAGGUGAGACGCAUGGAAGACCAUCGUUUACAUUGCCAUGUUAUCCCACAUCAUCCGCAAAGGGAUUUAUCGGGUCGUUGUUGAGGGCAACGCUGGAGCUACCGGUAGACUAGAUGAGAUUGUCGUGCAUCUGGGCCAAAAUUUGUACAGUUGCGGGAAAUGGGCCAUAUUGCACAUGUCAUAUGUGCAUGUCUACGCCGUAUGUCGUUAUUGCAACAUUGCGGUUGAUGAUCUCAUCCCACGAGUGUUUUCACUUCAGAAUUACCUUGAUGCAUAUUCUGGAAGUGUUAUGACACUAAAAAACGAAAUUGAAUGGCCUACCCUUGGUUAUGAAUUAGUCCGUCCAUUUACAGGGCAAAGGUCGCAGGCCAGUCGUCCAGUGAGCACUCGUUUCACAAAUAAUAUGGAUAUGCGAUCACGAAGACAUCGUCGGGAAACUUAGUUAAAUUAUACAUUUCAAUGUGAGAUUUUUAUAUAUGUACGACAACUUUUAUUUGUAUGCUUUUAAGUUCAGUAGUAGUGCAUCAAAUGAAUAAAAAUUUUAUUAUUGU